AUGUCAGUGGCCCCUACAGUUGGGGCCUCUUUUGCGGCCGCUGACUAUGUGGUGUUCGCGUUCAUGUUGGCCGUGUCCGCCGCUAUCGGCGUCUACUACGCCUGGAUCGACCGAGACCUGGGUAGCUCGGACGACUUCCUCACGGGCGGAAGGAGGCUCACGGCUCUGCCAGUCUCUUUGUCGCUGACUGCCAGCUUCAUGUCGGCCAUCACGGUGCUCUCCAACCCUGCUGAGGUGUACCAGUACGGGGCCAGCAUUGUAUUUUACAGUCUGUCUUAUUUCAUGACCAUGGUGGUGACAUCUGAGGUCUUCCUUCCAGUAUUCUACAGACUGUCCAUCACCAGUACUUAUGAGUAUUUGGAACUCCGUUUUAACAAAGCGACACGCCUGUUGGGAACCCUUCUCUUCAUUGUUCAGACAAUCCUCUACACUGGAAUUGUCAUUUACACCCCAGCUUUGGCUUUAAACCAAGUCACUGGGAUGGAUCUAUGGAGUGCGGUGAUUUCCACAGGCGUGGUUUGCACCUUUUACUGCACUUUGGGUGGGCUUAAAGCGGUGGUUUGGACAGAUGUUUUCCAGCUUGGUGUCAUGCUUGCCGGCUUCCUGACAGUCAUCAUCCGGUGCGUGCGCCUCCAAGGCGGAAUCGGACGUAUUAUUUCAGAUUCACAACAUGGAAGAAGGCUUGACUUUUGGGACUUUGACCCCAACCCACUGAAGAGACACACCUUCUGGACGGUAACCUUUGGUGGGACUUUUGUCUGGGUCAGCAUCUACGGUAUAAACCAGGCCCAGGUUCAGCGCUACAUUUCCUGCAAGAGCAUCAUUCACGCCAAACUAUCGCUGUUCAUCAAUCUGGUGGGCCUGUGGUGCAUCCUGCUGUCGUCAGUCUUCGCAGGAAUGUGCCUCUAUUCGGUGUAUAAGGACUGUGAUCCGUGGACCAGCGGUGCAGUUUCUGCUCUAGAUCAGCUCAUGCCAUAUUUGGUGAUGGACAUCCUAGGAGACUACCCCGGCCUGCCCGGACUAUUUGUUGCAGCAGCUUAUAGCGGCUCUCUCAGCACGGUGUCAUCCAGCAUCAACGCUCUUGCUGCAGUGACUGUAGAGGACCUCAUUAAGCCCCAUGUGAAUUUGUCUGAGAAAAAGCUCUCCUGGGUGUCAAAAGUCUUGAGCUUUUUAUAUGGCGCUUUAUGCAUCGGGAUGGCAGGACUGGCAUCACUUAUGGGUGGAAUACUGCAGGCCACAAUCAGCAUCUUUGGUGUGAUUGGAGGUCCUUUACUUGGGAUUUUCUCUCUGGGAAUCCUCUGUCCUUUUGCCAAUUCCAAAGGAGCUUUGUCAGGUCUGGUAUCAGGCCUCAUGAUGGCACUUUGGGUGGGCAUUGGCGCCCAAAUAUACCCACCAACUCUCAAUUUGAGUCGACCGCUGCCUCUCACCACCAAGGGUUGUAACGCCACUACUGACGGCAUCAACUGGAACACCACAGUUCUGCCUCCUCACACCAGAGUACACUUAAGCCAUGAAACGAAUCUUCUGGAUAACUGGUACUCCCUAUCCUACCUUUACUUCAGUCCCAUUGGAACCAUUACAACCAUCUUUGUGGGAGUGCUUAUCAGCCUUGUUACAGGAGGCUGGAAACACAAAGUGGAAUCAAGACUUACCAUGAUAAAGAAAGACACAACUCUCUUUUGCGUAUUCAAGGCAUUCGAGAACAGAUUAACAAGAUCCACCAAGUCGGACGAGAAACAAGAGAUGCAACUUGGCAACACUAAUCCUGCUUUUUGUGACAUUGAGUUGGACUACAUGAAAUGCAACACACCUACAUGA